AAACAGAGCAAAGAAGCUGGAAUUCGUACGUUAGUGGCCUUGGACGACCAGGGAGAGCAAUUGGACAGGAUUGAAGAAGGAAUGGAUCAAAUAAACGCUGAUAUGAGAGAAGCUGAAAAAAAUUUGAGUGGAAUGGAAAAAUGCUGCGGAAUUUGUGUUCUUCCCUGCAAUAAGAGCCAAUCAUUUAAAGAAGAUGAUGGAACAUGGAAAGGCAAUGACGAUGGAAAGGUUGUAAACAAUCAACCUCAAAGAGUUAUGGACGAUAGAAAUGGAAUGAUGGCCCAAGCGGGAUAUAUAGGAAGGUAGUUAUGUAAACGAAAAU